AUGGACAGCCUCAAAGCACCGAACUUCAUCCCUCCAUGGGCAACGUCCUUGUUAGGGGGAAACCGGAAGGAAGGCGCCUUUCCUUCAAAGGAAGCAGUGUCUCAUAACGACAAUGUCCGGACAGAUGGUGCUGGGUUAAAUCCCAAGCUCUCCGAAAAGCAGUGUGUCAGGACUGCCAGCGUCUACCCGGUGAAUUCUUCGGAAGCCCCGAAUGACACUGAUGGCUCUGACGAGGUCGACGACAACGACGACGAGGACGACGACGACGAAGACGACGAAGACGACGACGACGACGGCAAUGACGAGGACGAGGACGAGGACAACGACGACGGACCCCGUAAUCUGCCACGGUCCUCGAGUCUUGAGACAGCACAUACAGACAGCGACGCGGCCCUUCCCCAAAGCGGGUCGGCCCCUGCUGGGGGAGAGCAGCCAUCUUUUCAGAGUGAGAACAGGCCAGCAAGAGCCGAGUUAAGCACGGGCUACGGGUCGCCAAAGCCGAAGCACUCUGUAAGCUCUCGAAUGAAGGAGCUUCAAGAACUGUGGGAACGAGACGUUCGAGACCAAAAAGCCUCUGCAUCUGAAGUGGAGUGGCUGAACGGGGGAUUGCCAUCAUCUUCAGGCACCAAGAGCAACACAGGCGCUCAGGCGCCUCGUCUUGAUAGGAACCACAGUGGCGACGCCGACACAGGUAUGUACCAUGCACGCAAACGCUCGCUGUCUGGUGCAGAAGCCAGCUUUACAGGCUACAGAGAUGGCCAAGCUGAGAUUAUGCAUGGCAGUGACAACACCCGCUCCAUGAAUUUCACACAAACAUCGCAUUCACCGGAAACCUCCGGAACCUCUCGAGUAGAAAACUCCAAGGGGACCGGGGCUAUUCACACCCCGGCAUCCGCUACAUCGCACCAAACUAUCGAGAUGACCGAACGGGGCCCUUCAGGCUCUGGUUCACGGCCUUAUAUCAUCAAGAUCGAUAGGAAAAGACCACGGGCCACAUCGUCGGAAGGGAACUCGAGUGACUACAAACAGAAAACGAAAGACUUCCGCGACCGUAGUCAUUCGAUGGAAGAAGAAACAGCCUUCGACGAAACGACACAGUUUGAGCAUUCUGCUUUCGAGCACGACACCGUGGACCAGGACCCCCGUAUCGGUGGCCCCGCAAAGAACAUGACCCAAACCGCAGCAGGAAGACCGUACACUGAAUGGCCUCAGCCCGACGGUACCACCCGCAUCCACAACGGCGGUAUAUGUCCCACCAACUACCAACUCUGGAACGACCCAGUAUUCCCCUACGUUUGUCCUGUUCGGAACUGCAGGUCGCUCAGUGCCACCGUCAGCACAAUUUGCGCACACAUGACAGGGAAGCACUGGGGAGGCAUGUAUAACGAUAAUGGGGAUGGAACCAUUUCCUUCAUCGACGUAUAUCGUAAUAAGGGGACAUCAUCACCACCGAUUAUUAUCACUAGAAACCCACUCCGACCAGGGGCUCCACCCCCUGCAAACCCCUUCGUGAACGAACGGACAAGAAAGCGCACAGAGGAGCAGAUGCAGCUGAGAAAAGACGCAGCAAGUUCGCUUGAAAGGUCUUUGGCUAGUAUCCGCCAAAUGUCGACGCCAAAAUCGAUGUCUACACUGGUCGAAAGCAACCUGAGAAACAUGGCAGCAACGAGGGCCCAAGACAGAGGCGGCGAAUUCAUUACAGAUGGUUCAUUGAAGAACGAGGCGCUUUAUGGCUAUCUCAAAAGAAUCUUGCCGCCCGGCACCCUGAUUCAUAGGAAGCAGCACGUUGCCGAAUACAUGCAGUACCCAAUGUUGCGCAAAGUCCCCCCUUGGUGGGUCAUCACGACCAAGAAUGCCGAAUCUUCCGCGACUGUUGCUAGCACGCUGCUUUACCUGACUGGCCGUCUCGCCCCUGAAAGCUGUUCGGCGUGCGUUGAAGCAGGAUACGAUUGCGUCCUACCGCCUGUCAACGCAUCCGCCGCUUUGAAGCAGGAUGCCAGAGGCUGUGGUGCGUGCUGGGGACGAUCAAUGAUCUGGCAUCAGCGUAACGCGUGCUUGUACCGGACGAAGAAAGGUGACAAUUCCCUGCUUGCAGGGGCCGCCCGAAACGAAGCCAGCCCGAUUCUCGGCGAAUAUGCAGCUGGAAGCCGACGGUCUACAUCACGGCUCGCGGCAGAGUCGGAUCCAGAGUCGCAGCCAGAGCAGGAGCAGGAGCUAGAGCUAGAGUCCGAGGUUGAGAUACUGGAUGGACCGCCGUCCGCUGCUCCGACCACGAAGGCGGACUCCUCACGGAAAAUGCAAAGGCACGGCCCAAUGCGAAGAAAUCGGUCAGCACAUGACGAGGAUGUGGGCAGCGGCAGCAGCGCGGCUGAAGACGACCUUGAGAUGGAAGACUGGGAGGUGGCACCGGGCCGGAUCCGUGAUGAGUGGGCAUCAGCUGCAGAAAGUGAGUACUCACUAUAUGGUCGAUAUCGUCGAGGAGACCUAACUGUGACAGACAUUGCUUUCUCCAAUUCGUAUCUGACCACCAACCAACCCAUCUCCAUCUCGCCCGACGUCAGCUUUAACGUGGUGGCCGUCAAGCCCGGUUGCACGACACAGUGGGAAGCCAUAGAAGGACGGCUACGUGUUUGCUCUGUGGCGACGGGCAAAGUGAAGGUACAAAUGGAUGGUGCGGAGUUUCAGUUGGGGCCAAACAGCAUGUGGAAGAUCCGGCCAGGGUCCAAGUGCUUGGCUACGAAUCGGCUGUACACUGAUGCAGCCCUACACAUUACAACGAUCACAGAGGCGUGA